AUGAUUCCUCUCUGGAUAGACUGUGAUCCUGGCCAGGACGACGUUGUGGCGAUCACGCUCGGCGCGCACGAUCCGCACUUUGAUCUUGUUGGUGUGUCUACCGUGCACGGAAACGCUUCGAUGGAGAACGUGACCAUGAACGCACUGAAAUUUCUCACUGUGAUUAAAAGACAGGAUGUGCCUGUGUUUCCUGGCGCUGCACGGCCGUUGGACCGCGAGCCAGAGUAUUGUCCUGAAGUCCACGGUCCCACCGGUCUGAACGGGAGCGACAAGCUCCCAGUUCCAAAGAUCGCCGCCAGAAAGCCCGAGGAGUUCUUUCCUUAUCUGAAAAAUUUCAUCGAGACCCGGCCAGGCGAGCUCGCUCUUGCCGCGAUCGGUCCGCUGACCAAUAUAUGUCUAUUUUUCGAAAAGUACCCGGAGCUGAGAAGCAAAAUCCGGUGUCUGAGCAUCAUGGGUGGGGGUCUGGCCAAAUUUAACAAGAACGGGUGUUCUGAAUUUAAUGUUUUUUGCGACCCCAAGGCUGCGAAGACUGUUCUCUCCGACCCCGUGUUGAGCGAGCGCAUGAUUCUUGCUCCUUUGGACUUGACGUCUACAAUCCGGGCCUCGUUCGAAAUCCGCCAGCGGAUUCAGGGCGAUCCUGCUACAGCUACAGAGUUCCGCAAGAUGAUGUACGAUCUGGUGCAGUACUUCUACCACAUGGUCAAGGCCAGACAGGGAGAGGGCUACAUUGGGCCGAGCGUGCACGAUCCGGUGGCCAUAGCGGCAAUUUUGCAGUAUUGUGGGGUAGAAGACUUAGGGUACAAGUGGAAAAUGGGCUAUUUGGACGUUCAUCUCGGAGGGGAGGAAGACGGCAAGCUAGAGUUCACCGAGGCCGAUCACGGCGUCAAAGUGUUGUACGAUGUCAAUAGGGAAGUUUUCUGGAACGUUCUACUCAAGGCGUACGACAGGGUUGACGAGAAGUAUAGAGAAACAUAG